AUGGCGACGGGUCCCGCUACUCAGUCUUUGAAGUGUGUAGUAACUGGUGAUGGUGCUGUGGGGAAGACAUGUCUCCUUAUCUCCUAUACAACCAACGCUUUCCCCGGGGAAUACAUACCGACCGUAUUCGAUAACUACACCGCCAGUGUGAUGGUAGAUGGCCGACCGAUCAGUCUAGGACUUUGGGAUACUGCUGGACAGGAAGAUUAUGACCGACUUCGCCCGUUGUCUUACCCCCAGACCGACGUUUUCCUCAUCUGCUUCUCCAUCGUUAGCCCGCCCUCGUUCGACAACGUCAAGGCCAAGUGGUUCCCCGAGAUUGAACACCAUGCCCCCAACGUUCCUAUCAUCCUGGUCGGCACCAAGCUCGAUCUGAGAGACGAUCGCGGCACCAUCGACACUCUCCGUCAACGGAAGAUGGAGCCGGUUUCCUACGAGCAGGCCCUGGCGGUGGCCAAGGAGAUUCGCGCGCACAAGUACCUGGAGUGUUCUGCCCUGACGCAGCGCAACCUGAAGAGUGUGUUUGACGAAGCCAUUCGAGCGGUCCUCAAUCCUCGACCGGCCACGAAACCCAAGAAGAGCAAAUGCUCCAUUUUGUAG